AUGGUCUCUGGACUUACAACCACUGGCAAGAACCGACGAUCAAGCCGACAACAAAUUACUCUGGCUGAUCAGAGUCCGUCCUCACCAGUUCAAUUACCCGAAGAGCCAACGUCAACCCGGAAGCGUAAGAUACCUCAUCGCAUCUCAGUAGCUUGCACAACAUGUCGCAAUCAGCAUUUACGAUGCGACGGCGCUGCGCCUGUCUGUACACGUUGCCGUGAAGGCAAUAAACGAUGUGUGUACAAGGACAUUCGACGGCAGAGCCGACGCCUGAGAGACCAACACGAUUCAACAUUGGGAUCCGAUUCAGGUCGUUCCCGGAACGUUGACCUGUCGGACAACAGCUGGGCCAUGUCGGAAAGCCCGGGUCAAGAGCUAUAUUCCCUCAAUAACUCAUCCAACCUAGUCCAUGAUCCCUUUCUCAUUCCUCAGCCUGUCAAUCCCCGCCAAAGUAAACCUCUCGAAAGUUUCUACACUUCGUUCUUCAAGGGCCAUCCGUUCGUCCUGCCAAGAACUCGGCUCAUCAGUCAAUUUGAGAAGGAUCCCGCUUCAGUCACAGACCUAAUCAAAGUGAUUGCUUUCAUCGGAUCACUGUACAUGUUUGAUCCCUCAUCUCAAGGAUACCGGGCAGCUGUGGAGUCAGCAAUCGCCAAAGGACUUCCGCAAGAUGGGUUCAGUGUGCAAUGCCUAUUAUUGUUCGCAGGUGCGCUUGAGUGGAGCGGCGAACAAGAUUAUGCGCAAUCCAUGUUGGAUAAGGCUAAGUCGAUGGCGUUGAAUAUCGGAAUACAGUUUCGAAGUUAUGCUCAAGAGCACGGCCAAGGCUGCCUCGUUUUGGAAGAAAGCUGGAGACGAACCUGGUGGGAGUUGUAUAUCAUUGAUGCAAUUUUCGCAGGGACUAGACACCUUCCCACUUUUGAAUUGUGGCAUGUCGAUUAUGACGCUGGUUUACCUUGCGAAGAGAUGGUUUACAUCCACGGGAAUGUUCCCCCACCGCGGACACUGGAAGAAUACGACAAUCGUGCUUUUGAAGAUAGCGACAGUUCAUUCUCUUCAUUUACAUACCUCAUUGAUGCCGCGCGCAUGCUGGGAACAACAUUGCCGACCGUUGACAAAGAAGGAGACGAGAUGGCAUCCCAGGUGAAGAAUGCGGAAGCCAACAUAACAAGCUGGCAUUUGUAUCUUCCGGAAAGCAAAAAGGAACCUGUGCAGCCAGAUGGAUCGCUUGAUGAGGUCAUGUUCCGUGCCCAUAUGUUGCUAUACACUGUCACGACGCAUCUUCAUCGUCCACGAUCAAGGCUUCACUACAGCACAAUGGAAAUUCUUUGCUCUAAAUAUGCACCGCCUGAAAGUGUAAAUUUGUCGGAGCUCUUCAAUGAACGCCACACCAUGCAAGCGAUCAAGGCCGCGAAAGCAUUCGUCGAAUUAUUCACGCUCUCUACAUCUCCGACAACCCACAGUCCAUUCAUCAUGUGCAUGGGAUCAAUGGCCGCAGCAACACACAUGUCUGCUUGUGAGCACUACCUGAAAGGGGCAGAAUAUGCACAUGCAAAAGACCGAGUUCGUGUCUUCCUCGGUGCUCUGAGAGCAUUUGAAGCGGUGUUUGAAAGCCGGGGCAGGAAUGGAGAUCUCAUACUAUCGAAUGGAGGGGAAGACCUUGGUGAUGGUUUUGGAUCAAAUAUUGCCGGGUUGGACCUGGCGCUAUUGAGAAGUUGCUUUGAGAGCAUGUGA